UAGACCCUCGCUUGCUCACGCCCUGCUGCUGCUGCUGCUUCUCUCCUGUCUACUUGUCUUUCCCGCUUUCUGGAUUUGCUCUUUUAAUCUCGCUGUAUCUUCUUCUUUGGGAUGAGGGGCUGUAAGGCUGGACGGGGCUGUGCUUGGAUGCUUCGCUGAGACCUCUCCGUAUCUUUUUCUCUCUGUUUCUGUCAGCUGCGAGAACUCACACGUUUAGGUGUGUCCUGGCCCCAGGCCCCCUCUGUGGAUGUCUGUCACCAUGGCGAAGUUUGAGACCGGCCGCACAAGUCCAGUGGUCCGCCAGAUAGACAAGCAGUUCCUGGUGUGUAGUAUCUGUCUGGACCACUACCACAACCCCAAAGUCCUGCCCUGCCUGCACACCUUCUGCGAAAGGUGCCUACAGAACUACAUUCCUCCUCAGUCCUUGACGCUGUCCUGCCCGGUGUGCAGACAGACCUCCAUCUUGCCCGAGAAAGGUGUGGCUGCACUACAGAACAACUUCUUCAUCACAAACCUCAUGGAGGUGCUGCAGAGAGACCCAGAAUGUUCUCGGCCAGAGGCCUGCAGCGUGCUGGAGUCUGUCAGCGCAGCAGCCGCUGGGAAACCGCUCUCCUGCCCCAAUCACGAGGGCAAUGUGAUGGAGUUUUACUGCGAGUCGUGUGAGACGGCCAUGUGCCUGGACUGCACUGAGGGGGAACACAGGGAGCAUGUGACCGUUCCACUGCGGGAUGUUCUAGAACAGCACAAAGCAGCGCUAAAGAACCAGCUGGAUGCCAUACACAACAGGCUGCCCCAACUGACAGCUGCCAUUGAGCUGGUGAAUGAAAUCUCUCAACAGCUGAUAGAGAGGAAGAACGAAGCCGUCAAUGAGAUCAACAUGACAUUUGAGGAGCUUGAGAGGGCGUUGCACCAACGCAAAGCCGCUCUCAUCACCGAUCUGGAGAACAUUUGUAGCACCAAGCAGAAGGUGCUUCAGGCGCAGCUAUCAUCCCUACUGCAGGGAAAAGAGCACAUCCAGAGCAGCUGCAGCUUCACUGAGCAGGCCCUGAACCAUGGCAGCGCCACCGAAGUCCUGCUGGUCCAAAAGCAGAUGAGCGAGCGUGUGAGCGCCCUCGCCUGUCACGACUUCCCUGAACGGCCGCACGAGAAUGCCCACUUGGACUGCCAGAUAGAGACAGAAGGCCUGCGACGCUCCAUCCAGAACCUGGGCGUCCUGCUGACGACGGGAGCCGUGGGACACACCAGCGUGGCCACAGGAGAAGGCCUCAGACAUGCGCUGGUCGGUCAGCACGUGACUGUAACUGUUACCACUAAGGAUAAGGACAGCGAGCUCGUGCGGACCGGUAAUGCUGUCCUCCGAGCCGAAAUAACGGGGCAGGACGGAGUGCGUGCGGCUGAGGUGGAGGUCGUGGACAAUAAAAAUGGAACUUAUGAGGUAGGGUACACGCUUAAGAGCGAAGGGGAGUACUCGUUCUCUCUGAUGCUGUACGGACAGCCUGUGCGGGGCAGCCCGUUCAGACUGCGGGCGAUAAAGCCGUCGGACGUACCCCAGUCUCCGGAUGAUGUGAAGAGGAGGGUAAAAUCUCCCAGCGGAACAGGAGGACACAUCAGGCAGAAAGCCGUACGGAGACCCUCCAGCAUGUAUAGCACUACCAAAAAGAAGGAAAACCCUAUUGAAGAUGAGCUAAUUUAUAGAGUAGGCUCUCGUGGACGGGAGAAGGGAGAGUUCACCAAUCUACAGGGCAUCUCUGCUUCCAUUAAUGGGAGGGUCAUUGUAGCAGACAGCAACAACCAGUGUAUACAGGUGUUUACCAAUGAUGGGCAGUUCAAAGCGCGCUUCGGGGUCAGGGGUCGUUCUCCAGGACAACUGCAGAGGCCGACAGGGGUGGCAGUCGACACAAAUGGAGACAUAAUUGUAGCUGAUUAUGAUAACAGAUGGAUCAGCAUCUUCUCCCCUGAUGGGAAGUUCAAGAAUAAGAUCGGUGCAGGCCGUCUGAUGGGACCCAAAGGAGUGGCUGUGGAUAGGAACGGUCAUAUCAUUGCAGUGGAUAAUAAAGCCUGCUGUGUGUUCAUCUUUCAAUCUAAUGGCAAACUAGUGACCAAGUUUGGAGCCAGAGGCACUUCAGACAGACAAUUCGCAGACAAAAGUGGUGCAAAGUUUGCACUGGAGCAAAAGUUUAGUAAAUCUGGCCCUGGGUUCAGUCCGCAUUUUGUUGCGGUCAACAACAAGAAUGAAAUUGUCGUUACAGACUUUCAUAACCACUCCGUCAAGGUCUACAGUGCAGAUGGGGAGUUUUUGUUUAAAUUCGGGUCCCAUGGAGAGGGAAACGGCCAGUUUAAUGCCCCCACAGGGGUAGCUGUUGACGUUAACGGCAACAUCAUUGUAGCAGACUGGGGCAACAGCAGAAUACAAGUGUUUGACAGCUCAGGCUCAUUCCUCUCUUACAUCAACACAAGUGCUGACCCUCUGUAUGGGCCGCAGGGCCUCGCUUUAACCUCCGACGGCCACGUUGUGGUGGCCGAUUCUGGUAACCACUGCUUCAAAGUCUACCGAUACCUGCAGUAACGGCUCAUCACAGUCUGCAGUCAUAUCAGCGAAAUCCUCAGCCAAACCAGAGAGGAAGAAUCGAAUGAACAGAUUGCACUUUUCUUUAAUCUAUUGAUUUUCAUGUUCCAAAAUUAAGAACUGCUUCUCUAAUAAACCGGCAAUGUUGAUUGUAAAUAACAGAAACCAUAUCAAUAAGCACAGAUUCUUAUUAGAAAUCAUGUAAGUUGUGUAUAAAUAAAAUUAUAUAUCGCAAAACUUUUUGUUAAUCGCCAUCUUCAACCCUUGCAGAAAAGUCAAUUAUUUCCAAAAUUCCUCUCUACUGUUUCAUAGAUG